CAAACGACUUCUGUUUCCUUUGAGCCGCGGUCGGCAAAGCGGUCGUGCGAAGGUCUGAUGCGGACCUUUGCUACAAAAGUGCGCACGAGGAGUCGCAAAUAGUCAGCUGUGGAACGACGGACACGUGAAUGUCGACGUCGCUAUCGUUGUGGGAAAAAGGACUCGCUCCCUAAGGCGGAGAAAACCCGAAACCGAAUGGAAGUCAAUUUAGAUUUGGUGGAAAAUGUACGACUUAGUUCACUCGUGUUCCUUGGCCCUCAACGGCGAAGCGUGCCAAAGCCGCACUCGGGUUCAUUCGAUUCCGAGGGAGCCGCUCCCGAACGUCCGGUUUGAACCCUACGAUUGAAGCUCCUCCCAACGCUUCGACAAAGUUCCUUGGCCCCGAGAUGCCACCGGGUGGCGCCAAACCUCUAUUUUAAUAUUAGAUAUGGUUUUGGGCUGAGCGCAAAGACAGCGAAUAACAGAAGCUAGCUUCCCCUCAAUCAAUAUUCCCCAACAUCCGAAUUCCUGAAUGUGGAAUUGUAAAUAUGCGGCUAUUAACUGUACGAUUCCAAAGAAAUUCCCCACCACACUCUCGUAGUCAGGAAGUAGAAGAUUUGUCCCAACCGCAGCUCAAAGUACGAGUGAAGAUGGAUUCAAGAGGCCUUCGUGGAGCAAAUGUCCUUCCUUCCACAGUCGGACUUGUUUUCAUUCACAUCUUUUUUUUCAUUCAUCGCAGCCGUCGACGCCGAUUCCGAGCCCGCCUCCGAGCCCGCCGCCCCGACGCCCGCUUCCGAGUGAGACGCAGCCGCCGUCGCACGGUGUCGGAACACGAGAGAGACGUCUCCAUCGAGCGCUUUCUCAUCACGCUUGGGAUUUGUUCUUCCCGCAGACAAUUUGUGCAAUUAUGAUGUUUCUGUUAAGUCACAGUUUUUGCUGGCUUUGGUGUCUUGGGUGAGACUCGUUUGAGUCGAUGGGGUUGCUUUCUUCUGUCCGUUAAGUUUGUCAGAAAUCGGCGCAGUCACACACUGAGAGGAUUUCUUCUUUCGUUGUAUCAAGCACUUGAAUAGCUACGAUGAAUUGAUAUCACAAUGUGUCGAUGGCUGGUUUGCCUCGCACUCCUUUUAUCAGUCCAAAAUGAUUUUAUAAUCCUGUUAUGGAUUCACUUCAACAAACAACUCUGUCAAUUUGUACUUUGCUCAGAAUGUGACAAUGUUGUUGAUUGCAUUUGUUUUUGGAACUUGAGAUCGAGAUUUGGACCAAUAAACGGAUGAUCGUAAAGAUGUGUCGUUCUGAAUUUGACCAUUUUUAGGAGGCUUUUCUUGCCCUCCCGGAACAUACUACGUGUUUCGUGUUGAUGAAAGUCAGCAGUCGCAUGCCCGAAAUCCGGUCCAACCCGUUGUCGUCGGUGCCGUGGCUCGCUGACAAACAAUUGUGCGUCUCGCAGCACCAAACUUGAACUUUCACUUUCUGUUGGAAGCGUUUGGGCGCGCCUCAUAAAAACAAGCAAAGACAAAAAGAUUCGUUUUGGCCGUUCCACACGAAAAUGCACACAUUUUUUUUCACCCUCUAACAUACUAUUGUUCAAAUAUAUUGUACAUGUUUUUGUUUUUGACGUCAUUAUUUGUAUUUAUUUAUCACAGUGUCUUUUUUUUUUUUACACUGGUACUACGUUAGAAAACUUAAAAUAAGGACAAAAUACAAUACAAAAUCAUGAACUUCCAAGGGUAAAAUCAAGCCAUUUAUUUGUACAUUUUAAACACAUGCAAAAAUCAUUUGUAUCACCUGAGUAAAGAAAGUCAUUCACAAAGUCAUUUCUUCCAUGCAAAUAAUAGAAAUACAUGGAUUCAGUUUUAUACAUACAAAUCCCAUUUCGCACAUCCAUCCAUCCAUUUUCUGAGCCGCUUCUCCUCACUAGGGUCGCGGGCGUGCUGGAGCCUAUCCCAGCUGUCAUCGGGCAGGAGGCGGGGGGGUACACCCUGAACUGGUUGCCAGCCAAUCGCAGGGCACAUACAAACAAACAACCAUUCGCACUCACAGUCAUGCCUACGGGCAAUUUAGAGUCUCCAAUUCAUGCAUGUUUUUGGGAUGUGGGAGGAAACCGGAGUGCCCGGAGAAAACCCACGCAGGCAUGGGGAGAACAUGCAAACUCCACACAGGCGGGGCCGGGGAUUGAACCCCGCACCUCAGAACUGUGAGGCUGACGCUCUAACCAGUCGGCCACCGUGCCGCCCAUUUCGCACAUGAACUCCAAAUCUUUUUGGCCUUCUUAUUUUGGCAGGUACUGCAAUUCAAUAUAAAUCCUUGUGAAAUACUGGGGGAAAAAAAGCGGCUUUGUGAUUGAAGGCCCUCGCACGUGAUAUACUGAUGUCAUGCUCAUACAUAGACUUAUUUGUGCACCGUUAUGUUGUGUAACCUCACCUCAGUAUUAAAAUCUUCUGAUAAUCACGUAAGUGUGAAAACUGCAUGUCAGCCGCGAAACAGGAUGUUUUGUCCCAAGAAGAGAUCAUGCUGUGACCUUGGAUCCACCCUGCUCGAGCUUUAAACACCGCCCUGAACACCGUAUAUAAUCUCGCACUGAACGCUGAGAAAGCGCACGUUUGAGCACAUUUUGGGCAGCUGCAGCCUUUGCCUGUAGAACAUUUGUACCCAGAAUAUUCUGCAAUAAAAGAUCUUAAAGAAGUUCAUUUCCAGUCUCUGAUUCGAACAUUCUCAUCAUCCGAAAUUCAACGAACACGCGAAGGACUGGCGGAGAGAUACCGUCCUUCAACAAUCGGUGACCCCGAACGUGAUUUCGGGGGCUGAGGUGUUGGGCGACGAGACAGAACAUCGGGCCCACACGAAUAAAGGUAAGAGGACAUUUAUCCUCCCAAUUGAUCUUCUGUCUGUCGACUGAUACAAGGCAAGAAUUGAUGUUCCAUUGGAAUCUAAAUUGAAUGCUUGACUGGAUGAACUUGAAAUAACAUCAUUUGGUAUAUAAGGUUGACUUGUUUCAUGUUACAGUGAAAUCCUAAAGUCCGUAAAUCCUUAUAUAGGAAAUUCUGUACAAAAUACCGGUGAAACAAGUAACAAGGAGAUAAGAGAAUAAGAAGAAUAAGUAUCGAGUGGUUUUGAUAAAUUGAGGUUCGAGUACUUUUGUUGAAGAGAAAACCACUUUUGCGAAAUGAAGGCUCGGACGGACGCUUUUGUUUGGCUAUUAAGCAAGUGUCUUUGAAGUGAGAAAUAAAGGUAUAUUGUGGAUCCACAAAAAAUAAGUACUUAAGAAGAAAAACCAGCUGAAAAAAUGGAAGGGGAAUUCAAUCGAGAAUCGGAAUGGUUCGACUUGCGUGUCAUUCCAGACCGUGGUCAAAAAAUACUGUUAAGAGAGCAAGUAAAGAAUGCAUGUGAUGUAUGUGUGGGAGGAUUGUCUGUAAAAAAGAAGAACUUUAUAAAUGGAUGGAUGAAUGCUGUGAAGAUGGCUGCUUUCCUGCAUUAUCGACUGCUGCUUGUUUAGUUUCACUGAUGAAGGAAGUCGAGAGAGUGUGUUCCAAAAGAAAAAAACAGUUCGAGAAGGAAAGCGAGAAGACGAGUAAAUUGUCCUCGAAUGCUGGCAAUGGGAUGUGCAUGAAAACAGUCAAGAAAAGAAAUCAAAUACAGUGGGGUGGGUGUGACUCAGCCGUUGUGGCAAAUUGGAAAUAAAUGAGACAAAAGGGCCAGGGAACCCAUUCACGGAGUCACCAUACGCAGAUGCGAGACAGACACUGCAAAACAUACAAGCCCCUAUUUGAUCUGUAAAUAGAGGAACUCUAGAUGUGGAUCGGAAUGGCAGUACUGACUCGGUGGGAUCGAAAGAACGUGAGCCCCCCGAUUCAGCACGCAGCGGAAAAUUUGGCCGCAGGCGUAACAGCCUCAGUUAAAAUGCUCGAGGAAAGACUGGUUAAACCAAAAGUUCAACCAAAUAGACUUCAAUAGACACCCUGAAGUGCCACAAAAGCUAAGAGAGCAGCUUUUAGCGCGUGCCUCCCGUUUUGAGAGAACUGUCAACGCUGAAAUAACAGAACAGCUGCGACGUGAUAAUGCGGAACCAGAUGAAAUAUUCAGACGAAGGGAACAGGAGAUAGCAACAGAAGGGACUUCCCCAUGCGGUAGGUAGGUAGCAAACACUUAUCACAUCGCACAUUUGCAAAAUCAGGUGGCUGACUUAAAGUGCCAAGUGCAGACUUUGUCAGGAGCACUCCCGGACUCCCUGUUAUACAACAGACACAAGAAAAUAGAAGUUUUGCUGUAUCCACUCCACUGCGACCAAUGACACGCUCUCAAACUGUUGUCCAAAGCUCCAAUGCUGGCCAAGGUUGAUCCGGCUACUGGAGCCACUGCCAUGUUUUAUGAACCUCUUUCUCCUUCUGAUCUCAGUGUUUUGAUGCAGAAACUUCCGCCAAUGCAGAAUGGAGGAGAGAACCGGCUGAGAUCGGUACAAAGGGCUGUCACAGGACAAAUUUGAACAGCAGGAGACAUGCGCGCAUUGCUGACACAUGCGUGUCCUCUCUCCCAACUGGAAACACUGAUGGAGACUUCUGGUCUGAUCAGUAUAACGGACAAUGAGGCACUCACAAGAGAGUAUUACUUAACAUUGUUCACUGCACUAAACGCGUUGUUUCCCAUCCCUGAUCUAGUCAUCUCCGACUUAGUAUUUGCUCCUAGAACAGAUGAGGAAGCAGCGGCAUAUAUUGACCGCGCUCUUGUCGAAUAUUCUUCAAACACAGGCCAUUUGCCGACUGACUCUGCUCUGUAUUCUCAAGUAUUUCGAGCAGCAGUGCUGAAGGGCGUUCCCAAGUCUGUGGUGCAAGCCAUGGAGGCGAAUCCGGACCUUCCCGGAGCGCAUCAUGCUCGCUGGUUGUCACAUCUGACACACCACCUGAGGAGACAUGCAAAAGAAAAAGAGUCAAAGCAUGAGAAACACACAACCACCGAAUCGCAAUGAGCUAUCAUGCAACUACAAAGGCCAUUCAUAAGGUCGAGGUGCUCCGUUUGCUGGCAGAAAUCAAUGCUUCAACUGUGGUCGUAACGGACACUGGGCAACAGACUGCCGAGCGCAGUUCCCAGAGGAACAAGGGGGCCCGCCGCCUAGAGGAUUCAACAGGCGUGGUUAUGGCCAGCAACGAGGAAGAGGAUACGGACAGCAACAGCAGCAGGAUACGACUCAACAAUAUCCGCCGCAGCAGCGGCAGUCUUACCGUCAAGUGCCGAACCAAUAGCACCUGCCACCGUCUGGGGGCCAGUAUUCGCAAUGACGGGGCCCCCGAAUCCACAUGCCACGGUCUGCAGGAACCAAUGAUCGGACUGACGGUAGGAGCAACUAUUUGACCUUUUAUGGUCGAUACGGGAGCCAGACAUUCAACCGUUAUAACAUUACCACCUGAAAGGUCCCUUACUGCAAAAGGCAUUUCACUCGUUGGAUUCCGGGGUGAAGAAACCAUCCUGCACAUGACUACACCCGUACAUACGCAGUGUUUUACACAAACUCUUUUACACUCGUUUGUGUAUGCGCCCAAUUGCCCUGUCAACCUGUUGGGGAGGGGUCUUCUCAUCAAAACAGCUCCAACGAUACCGUGCAGCCCGGGUGGACUGAUAUUACAGUUUCCUGAUGGACACAUCUACUGUUGUUCCGGUGACGACACAUCAAACAUCUACAUGCAGGACUCAGAGCGACAACUACCAAGCAUGACGUGUGCCACCGCCGACAUCUACUGGGCGAAAAUGGACACUGACUCACCCGGACGGACGGAAGCAGAGACCUUUUGGACUCAGUGGUCGCCGUGGGUUCGUCACCUCAGACCCUAUGAUAUGGUUUCUGAUUGCAUGCAUUGCACUCUGUACUAUGACAGGACGGGAGAUGAGGUGUACAGCGAGGCUUUCCAAAAUGUAGAAGGCAACAUCUGGGAACUACAAAUGGGUGACCUGUUCGUGGGAAAACCAGAUCCCACUGUGCCACCAUGUCAUCCUCAUGUGUCCCUGAUGGUAUCACCACAGCAUACCGCAAAGGAUUUGGGUCCGUUCGUCCUAAGCUGCACACGGGCCAUUGAUUGGCAGCCAACUUCUCACGACACAUUGCUAUUUUCUCGGUCUCUCGAUGCAUACUGGAUACAGUCAGCAUCGUAUACACCAACAUCAACCCUGGAGCACUGCUUGUUGGACAGACAUCAUGGACGAGAAACAACUGACAGUGAAUUCGCCAAUCCUAUGGUACAAUCUUUGCCUCUACAUCUGCGGUCUACAGAGCCGACAGACGUGGGAUUCUGUCAAGUACAGCCGGUGAAAUUCAAAAUGAAGCCGGAUCCUAUUUGGAUACCACAGUAUCCAAUGAAGGAAGCAGGUCGAAUUGGCAUUACAGAAACCAUUGAAGGCUUGCUAAAAGCAGGAGUAUUGUGCAAAAUACGUGAGUCAGAGUAUAAUACACCCAUUCUACCAGUUGAAAAGAAAAAUACUGGAAAAUUCCGAAUGGUACAUGAACUUUGGGCAAUAAAUGUAUUUGGAGAAAAGGAGGGAAAUGUAUACGACCUCAGAAGCAAUUCAAACUGUUGAUAAGCGAAGCUCAUGGAGCAUGCCAUGUAGGCGUGGAAGAAACACUGAGACGACUCCGCACCUGGUGGCAUCCUUUCAUGAGAGCAAUUGUUAAAAAUCAACUACAGGAUUGCAGUGUCUGUAGCAGAUAUAACAGCAUGCCUACCACGAAACCACCCCAGGGAACUCACGAUCCGGACGUGACGGCACCUGGCUUCGGUGGUUUCGAUGGAUUUUACAGACAUGAUGAAAAGCGUGUCCGGUUCCGGGUAUCUACUAGUGAUAGUGGAUUCCUUCUCCGCUUGGCCUGAAGCCUAUCCCUGCAAAACCGAAACGGCAAACGUAGUGGUUAAACAUUUGAUUCGCCAUUCAUUAUAUUCCAUCUCAUGGGUUCCCAAGUAAAAUAAGGUCUGAUAAUGGGAGCCAUUUUGAAAACAAACAUUUGCAGGAAGUAGAAAAAGCCCUGGGACUGAAACACACAUUUGGUUCAGUAUAUCACCCACAGUCCCAAGGACAAGUAGAAAGAAGGAAUCGGAACAUGAAGGAAAAAUUGGCCAAAGCUUUAGCUACUUCAAAUCUCAAUUGGCUACAAGCCCUUCCUUUGGCUUUGAUGAAUGUACGAAUGUCACUCAAUUCAGCCAAAGGCUGGACUCCAUUUGAAUGUCAAACUAACAGACCGUUUCCGGCUCCAACAGCUCCACUGGAGACAACAGAUGUUUCCGGCCCUCCGGAGCUCAAACAACUAACGCUUGCUUUUUCGCAACGAACUGCAAAACAACCCGACGCUCCUUUGGGACUGCAUGAAAGUGAAUUUGUAUGGUUGAAAGUAACCAAAAGAAAGUGGUCUGAACCCAGGUGGACAGGUCCUCAUAAAGUGACGGAGAGAACAUCGUCUGCUGUCCGUCCGCCUACAAGGAAAGGGGGAGACGUGGUACCGCCUCACCUCUACACGACCAGCAAAGACCCCGUCCCGACAGAUCAUCAUUGCCGCAAGUACUGACUGCACGUCAACGCCAGACCAGAUACCAUCCCGGUGACGACAUCACUCAUCAAAGGUUGAGAUCGCGGUACACGGGCAGAAUAAUCCCGGUGACUCAACCUAGGACCGGGUAGUCUAACUAACCCCAGGUCCUGAAGAAGCUGACAGCGCUCUCGAGCAACGAUCGUGAAAAAACACCACCCAACAAUGGCCCGCAAGUGGGACAAUGUUUCAAUUUGUUGUUACAUCACAGCCCUUUUUAUUGUAUUAACUCUCUUGCCUGUCUGGUAUUUUGGAUGCCUCUCGAUGCGCCCUCAAACCUAACAACAAUACAGAGAAGUAAGCGAAAACUCAAUUCAGGUCACUCAACUGUACCUAUAUCCCAGUCUGUUCCCUGGAUUUUAGAAUGGACGUACAACCAUUCGAUAACUUUAACAGUGCCACCAAACACCUGUACUGCCGUUGAAAUGCCAAUUAGAUCUCUAAAAGGGUUCAGAAACACCGUUCAGAUAACGGGGGAGGGCUGGAGAGGAUAUUGGUGGUAUAUGACAGGAAACGUGCUAGAUUUAAGAUGGGAUUCUUUAAGAACCCCUCAACAAGGUAACUAUUCUAUUUAACAUAUCCUGGUGUCGGACUCUUUCGAGUCCGAAAGGGGGAUUGAAGGCCCUCGCACGUGAUAUAAUGAUGUCACGCUCAUACAUGGACUUAUUUGUGCACUGUUAUGUUGUGUAACCUAACCUCAGUAUUAAAAUGUUGUGAUAAUCACGUAAGUGUGAAAACUGCAUGUCAGCCGCGAAACAGGAUGUUUUGUCCCAAGAAGAGAUCAUGCUGUGACCUUGGAUCCACCCUGCUCGAGCUUUAAACACCGCCCUGAACACCGUAUAUAAUCUCGCACUGAACGCUGAGAAAGCGCACGUUUGAGCACAUUUUGGGCAGCUGCAGCCUUUGCCUGUAGAACAUUUGUACCCAGAAUAUUCUGCAAUAAAAGAUCUUAAAGAAGUUCAUUUCCAGUCUCUGAUUCGGACCCCAACAUUCUCAUCAUCCGAAAUUCAACGAACACGCGAAGGACUGGCGGAGAGAAGCCAUCCUUCAACAAGGCUUAUUCCACUAUAUAGUACUAGAAUAAACUGUACAACACUAUACUGAAUUCAACUAUAUACUAUAUUACACUACUGUCGCACAAUACACUAGUCGACACUAUAUUACGGGACACUAGUAUGACACAGUGCGGCAUUGUAUUGCGCAAUCCUCCACGACUUGCGCAUCAACAUAGCACAAAUGUCACAUUUUGUAACUCCUUGACCAGAUCGAGUGCACAUGUGUUCCGUGUAUGUGCGCACGCGUGUCGUUCGUUGUAUGUUUCGUCGGAAAGUGGGCUGGC